UUUUCAUAUUCAUAGUAGAUUACAAACUUAUACAAAUAUUGGCUGAUUGAACAUGUUGUAAUCCAGUUUGGAGAACUUUUAAAGUUUUUGAAUGCUAAUUCAAAAAUGUCAAAAAAAGAUACAGUUGAUGGAAGAAUCGUUAGAUUAAAACUAAAGAAUUUUCUCACUUAUGAUGAUUGUGAAUUUUUUCCUGGCGAAAAUUUGAAUGUAGUUCUUGGUCCAAAUGGAACUGGAAAGUCAUCUAUUGUUUGUGCAAUUUGUUUGGGUUUAGGUGGAUCCCCUCUCUUGCUUGGUAGAGCAAAAGAUGUUGGAGAUUAUGUAAAGCAUCGAACAAAACAAGCUGUUAUUGAAAUUGAACUGUUUAAAAGUCAUGGACCUAAUCUUGUUGUGAAAAGAAUUAUCAAUAAAGGGUCAAAAAAUGACAGUGAGUGUGAAUCAAGUAGUCACUCAUGGUAUUUAAAUGGCAAAAGCACCAGUAAAAGUGCAGUUGUUUCAGCAGCUGCUGACUUGAAUGUACAAAUGAACAACUUAUGUCAGUUUUUGCCACAGGAUAAGGUGAAUGAGUUUGCAAAGAUGACACCUCAACAACUUUUGGAAGCAACAGAGAAAGCGGUUGGCGAACCUGGUAUGCAUGAAAAACAUAUGGAGCUCAUUAAUCUCAGUUCUGAAUUUCGUAAAAUACAGGCAAAUUUGUCUGAAAAAGAAACAGCUAAAGCAAGAGUUGAACAAAGAAAUAAACAGCUUGAGCGAGAUGUUCUACGCCAUAAAGAAAGAGAAAAACACCAAGAACAAAUUAACAUGCUACAAAAGAAAAAGCCAUGGGUUGAAUAUGAAUCUGCUAGGUUAUCAUUCUUCGAUAUUAAAAAAGAUAAAAAAGAUAUUGAAGUUAAUUUAAAAGAAUGCAGAGAAAAAAAUGCACCUAUAGAGAAAGAACUUAUGAGACACAGAAACAGUUUGGAUCAACUUGAAAAGAAAGACAAGGAAUUGAGAGAUAAUUGUGCAAACAUUUCAAAAAUUGCUAAUCAAACUAAAGAUAAAAUGGAAAAGGAAUCUGAGAAGGUAGAAGAUUUUAACAAUGAGAUAUCAAAUAUUAAGAAGGAGCAUGAAAAGCGAAAAGAAAGAAUUCAAAAGUUUAACAGAGAAAUUGGUCUAUUACAAAAGGAUUUAAAAGAUUCUCCGAAUCCAGAUAUUUUAAAGCCUGAAAGCGACAGAAUUUCUGAAGUUAUUAAAAAUCUAACCAAGCAAUUCAACAGUCUCACUAGAGAUGCCAGCGAAUUUUUAAAUGAGAAGAGCCAACACAAAGGAAACAUUGAAAAUGCAACAGAACAAUUAAAAAAGUUAGAAAGUGCAGAUAAUUUGAAGCUUGAAUCUCUUCGACGAUUUGACAGAGGUUGCUAUGAUGCUGUGUUGUGGUUGCGCAGCAAUCAAGACAAAUUUUCUGGAAAGAUUUAUGAGCCUGUCAUGACUCAGAUCAAUAUGAAGAAUAUGAAAGAUGCUGUUUAUUUGGAGUCUACUAUAAGUUUUAACGAUUUCAAAUCAUUUGUUUGUGAAAAUAGAAAAGAUCAGGCUUUAUUCUCUGAUUUAAUGAAAGAUGUUCUUCACCUAGACAUUCCUAGUGUGUGUCCUCCUCAUGAUAGCAUGGAUUCCUUUACUCCUAAAAUUCCACUACAAGAUUUAAAGAAAUUUGGUUUUGAAAACUAUAUGACCGAUUUGUUUGAUUGCCCAAAAACAGUUCUCAAGUAUUUAUGUGAAAAUUACAAGCUACACAAUAUUCCUAUUGGUACUAAAAUAACAGAAGAGCGAUGUAAUCAGGUUUUGGCAGAAAUGAAAGGAAUAUCUUUAUUUUUUACCCCUGAUUCAUCGUAUAGAAUGAGUGUAUCAAAAUAUUCUGGAAAAACAAGUUCAAAUGUUAGUUCAUUAAAUAGAAACCGCAAUUAUUUGAACAAAUCUGUCGACAUUGAUGAAAAAAAACGUUUAGAAGGAUUGCUGCAGAUGCAUCAAAAGGAAUACGAUCUUUGUUCAGAAAAAUACAAUCAAAUAAAAAAAGAAAUUGAAGUUGUAAACAAAAAGCUUGAAGAGACUCGUCAACAAAAACAAGAAAUUGUUAGUCAAAUGAAAAAAAGAUCAACACUUAUGUCUCAAAUUGAGAGCAAGCAGAACAGACUUCAGGAGGAAGAAAAAGGGUGUCCAAACAUUCAAAAUCAAAUUGAUAAGAUGAAAGUUAAAAUCAAUCAUACAAAUAAAACAAGAUUAGAAUUAUCUCAGCAAUAUGUUGAUCAGAUUUCAAAAUGCAUCAAGAUCACAAAAGAAAGAUUAUUAUUAGCGAUGACAAUAACUCAAGAAAAGAUUUUAAUGGAACAGGUUCAAGCUCAAUUUAGAACUCUCAGCGAAAAUCUUAAAAGUCUUGAGGAAGCUUAUCAUAUGGUUUCAGAAAGAUGUAACAAUAUGAAAAAACAAGCUAAAAUCUUACUUAAACGAGCCCAACAGAUAACUGGUGAAACAAUGGAACAUUUAAAAGAGGCAUUUAACAAUCUUCCAAAUACUCUUGAAGAAAUUGAAGCUUUGAUACAUGAGCAACAAGCAAAACUAGAUUGUCAAUAUGAGACUAAUCCACUGGUUGUUUUGGACUAUGAGAAAAACAAAAAAGAAAUAAAUACUCUUGAUACAGAGAUAAAAAAAACAUCGGAACUACUAGCAGAUAUGUUAUUGAAGAAAGAUUCACUUCUUCAAAGUUGGUUGGUCCCUCUAGAGCAGCUAAUAUUGCGAAUUAACGAACAGUACAGUUUAUUUUUUAAACAAAUGGGAUGUGUUGGACAAGUUUCAUUAGAAAAAGAUCCAGACGAAGACUACCGUAAAUAUGGUGUUCAGAUACAAGUUAAGUUUCGUGCAGAAAAUAAGUUAAAGACUCUGACAUCAACAUUUCAAUCAGGGGGGGAAAGAAGUGUGUCUACAAUGCUCUACUUGAUAUCAUUACAAGAACUGACGAAAUGCCCAUUUCGAUUAGUAGAUGAAAUCAACCAGGGUAUGGAUCCAAACAAUGAACGCCGUGUGUUUGAACUGGUUGUUGAAACAGUGUGUCGACCAAAUACUUCGCAAUAUUUUCUUAUUACACCCAAGCUUCUUCCAAAUCUACGUUACACCGAAAGAAUGACAAUAUUACUGGUUAUGAAUGGUCACUGGAUGUUACGCCACGAUGAAUACGAUGUAAAAGAAAUGAUUAAAAGAAAAAGAAAUCAAAAAUCUAUCCAAUAAAGUUUCUUAAUUUGUAGAUCAUCAUUAUGAUGUGUCUUCGUGUCUGCUAUGACUUCACCGUGUCUACGAUGACAUCUUUUCUAGUGUUACCGUUAUCAACGAUGUUUCUAGGUGGUAAAGGAAACAAAAUAAAGAUUAAGGACAUCGUAAUGUUCCUUCGUUUUGCGUACCAAGUUGAGAAUUAGAUCUAUGACGAAGUUAAAUUCUGUUAAUGGUCAACUUUUUUUUU